AUGCUGACUUUGCUAUUUGCUUUAGGAAGCCUGGUGGACAGGGAGGCUGAGAAGGACAGCGAGGCAGCCAUUGUCACAUUCUCGGAUGCCAAGUACUCGACCAUGGCUAUGAGUGAGCAGCGCAAGCAACUUCCAGUUUAUAAACAUCGAACUGAGGUCUUGUACCUGCUGGAAAACUAUCAAGUUGUGGUGCUUGUGGGGCAGACUGGAUCAGGAAAAACUACUCCACAGCGUGUGGCAGAGGAAAUGCAGGUCAACCUUGGCAUGGAAGUCGGCUAUUCGAUCCGAUUUGAAGACUGCACGGACCCCGGCGGCAAGACGCGGAUCAAGUACAUGACUGACGGAAUGUUAUUCAGGGAGGCGCUCAUGGACCCGCUUCUGUCGCAAUACAGUGUAAUCAUGUUGGAUGAAGCCCACGAGCGGACACUCUACACAGACAUCCUCAUGGGCGUCUUGAAAAAGAUUUUGAAAAAGCGGCCAGAACUCAGGAUUAUUAUUUCGUCCGCGACACUGGAUGCCGAGGCAUUUGCUGCAUUCUUUUCGACCAACCGUGAUCCAAAGGACAAGUCAAAGGACAAUACCGCGAUUCUAUCUGUGCAAGGACGAAUGCACCCCGUCGAUGUUCACUACUUGGCCGAACCCACUUCAAACUACAUCGAAACAGCCAUUCAAACUGUGUUUGAUAUUCACACUAAGGAGCCCGCUGGAGACAUUCUCCUUUUUAUGACUGGAAGGGAUGAGAUUGAGGAGGUCGUUUCUGAGAUUCGGGAAAGAGCAACAACAUUGCCGCCCAACAAGUACGCGGAGAUCCUGGCACUACCCAUCUACGCUGGACUACCAACCGAGGAGCAGAUGCUUAUCUUUGAGCCAGUCGAAAAAGGCACGAGGAAGGUCGUUGUGGCCACCAAUAUCGCCGAGGCCUCUGUCACAAUUCCCAGUAUUGGCUUCGUGAUAGACUCUGGCUUUGUCAAGGUCCGAGCAUACAACCCACAGACUGGCAUGGAGUCACUCACGACCACGACAAUAUCUCAAGCAUCGGCGGAUCAGCGGUCUGGACGCGCAGGACGCAUUCGGAACGGCAAAGCUUAUCGGCUUUACACGAGAGAGAGUUUUGAACAGGAGAUGCGCCCAGCCUCGGUUCCAGAGAUCCAACGAUCCAACUUGGCAGGUAUGGUGCUCCAGUUGAAGGCACUGGGUAUUGAGAACGUUUUGCGGUUUGACUUUAUGACGAGUCCCCCGGCAGAGAUGAUGAGCAAGGCACUGGAGUUACUGUAUUCACUGAAAGCCUUGGAUAACUAUGGACGGCUGACGAUACCAUUUGGGAUGCGCUUGGCCGAGUUUCCGCUGGAUCCAAUGCUGGGCAAGAUCUUGCUUGACUCUCAAGUAUUUGAUUGCAGUCAGGAGAUGCUUACUAUCGCCGCCAUGGUUUCCGUUCAGAACAUUUUUGUGAAUGCCACGAGCCCUGCCGCAGAGGAACAGCAUCGCAAGUUCGGAGUGCUCGAGGGCGACCAUAUAACCCUCCUGAAUGUCUACGCGGCCUUCAUCACACGCGGAAAAAAGUCUUCAAAGUGGUGCGCAAACCACUUGAUCAACUUCAAGGCCAUGUCCAGAGCACUUUCAAUUCGGUCACAUUUGGAGCGAUACCUCGUCAAGACACUUGGUCUGACUGGGCCAAGUCAACUGCCGUCAUGCUUGGGGGUAGACGGACCAAGGGUCAGCGAUCCCAACGAAGCGACCAUCAAGAUCCGCAAGUGCCUCGUGUCCGGGUACUUUGCGCAGGCAGCAAAGAUUGCUCCGGACGGUACGCAUUGGAUUAGCGCGUUGGAGGCUAGGCCGAAGGGGGCGAGAGCUUUAUCAUACACUCCGACGAAGCUGUGGAUGCACCCGACGUCGAUCUUGUUCAAGCAGACGCCGCAGUGGGUGAUCUUCCACGAGGUGGUUGAGACAGGCAAGGGCAAGGCGUAUAUGCGCGAAGUGACUGCAAUAGAACCCGAGUGGCUCGGAGAACUCGCGCCUCAUUUUUAUGUCCUCAACAAGCAGCUCUAG